GUGAAAAAGAAUUCGAGUGUUAUUUCAUUCGCCACGUUGUGACUCACGUUUGAUCUUAUAAAAUUUAUAAAUAAAAAUGGUUUUGGAUUUAGAUUUAUUCCGUAGCGAUAAAGGUGGAAAUCCCGACGCAAUUAGGGAGAACCAAAAGAAACGCUUUAAAGACUUAGCUUUGGUAGAGACUGUAAUUGAACAAGACACCGAAUGGCGACAGCGACGACACCGUGCCGACAACCUAAACAAGGCAAAAAAUCUCUGCAGCAAAGAGAUUGGAGAAAAAAUGAAGAAAAAAGAGCCACAGGGAGAUGCAGCAGAGGAAGUUCCCGAAAAUGUUAAGGAAAGUUUGACUGAAUUAACCUCGGAAGUGUUGCGGCAAUUAACAGUGAACCAAAUAAAAAAGGUGCGGGUGCUCAUCGACGAAGCUAUGUCGGAAAAUGAAAAAUGUCUUCAACAAGCAGAGCAAAGGCGUAAUAGUGCGCUACGUGAAGUAGGUAAUCAUUUGCAUGAUUCUGUGCCAGUAUCGAAUGACGAGGAGGAAAACCGUGUCGAAAGAACUUUCGGAGAUUGUCAGCGUCGCGGGAAAUAUUCGCAUGUAGAUCUAAUUGUGAUGAUCGACGGUAUGAAUGCCGAAAAGGGUGCCGUCGUCUCGGGUGGACGAGGAUAUUUCUUAACUGGGCCGGCAGUAUUUCUGGAGCAAGCUCUGAUUCAACAUUCAUUACAUAUGCUCAGCAACCGUGGCUACACACCCCUAUAUACGCCAUUCUUUAUGCGAAAGGAAGUUAUGCAGGAAGUAGCUCAACUUUCACAAUUCGACGAAGAGCUGUAUAAAGUUGUAGGAAAAAGCAGUGAACGUGGUGACGAGGUUGGUGUUGAUGAAAAAUAUCUUAUUGCUACUUCAGAACAACCAAUCGCUGCAUAUCAUCGAGAUGAGUGGCUACCCGAAGCUUCGUUACCCAUUAAGUAUGCUGGUUUGUCUACAUGUUUCCGUCAAGAGGUUGGUUCACAUGGACGUGAUACUCGUGGCAUCUUCCGUGUUCAUCAAUUUGAAAAAGUAGAACAAUUCGUCCUCACCUCGCCACAUGACAAUAAAUCUUGGGAAAUGAUGGAUGAAAUGAUCGACAACGCCGAAAAGUUUUGCCAGUCUCUGGAAAUUCCAUAUCGCAUUGUGAACAUCGUAUCUGGUGCACUUAAUCAUGCCGCCUCAAAGAAACUAGAUUUAGAAGCUUGGUUUGGCGGUAGCGCUGCAUUCCGAGAACUUGUUUCGUGCUCCAACUGUCUAGAUUAUCAAGCGCGACGUUUGCUUGUUCGCUAUGGUCAAACAAAGAAAAUGAAUGCAGCUGUGGAUUAUGUUCACAUGCUAAACGCCACAAUGUGCGCAACAACGCGUGUCAUUUGCGCUAUUUUGGAGACUCAUCAAACAGAAACCGGUGUGAAGGUGCCUGAGCCAUUAAAAAAAUAUAUGCCUGAAAAAUAUCGUGAUGAAAUUCCCUUCGUAAAGCCAGCGCCAAUUGAUGUAGAAGCAGCUGCAGCUGUAGCCAAGAAAGGUAAAGGCAAAAAAGAGCCCGCUGCCUAGAUAAUUUUCCCAAAGUAGAUAUGGUUGAGAUUUGCGACAUAAUACUGGAGGCUGGUGUUAUGAAGGAACAACAUUGCUAAUUUAUAAUGCUGACCAAUUUGUAAACUACGACAUCUUCAAGAAAAAUUUUACCAAAUUAAUGUAUUUAUUAUUCAAGAUCUAAUUUUUGGCUUGCGCAAUUUUUUUUUAACGAAUGAAAAUAAAAGUGAAUAAAUUAAAAGCAAAAACCUAACACUGCA